CAAAUACAGUGAUGAAAGUAAAGCAGAUCCUUGGCAGAAGCCAGAAAUGCGGUCCUUGGACCUGGCUUCUCAGCAAUUAGCCCUUUGGACCUGACUUCUCAGCAAUUAGCCCUCAAAGGGAAGAAUCGGCUGGCUCCUGGAAAUACACUGAGCGCACACAGAGCUUCCCCACACCUUGAGAUUUGCACCUUGCUGCCCAGGAGCUUCCUUCAGCUAGUCUUCCCUCCCAGUCCACUAUGGCCAGUUCCAAUAGCAGUGCGGGCAUCCGGUGGUCCAGACAGGAGACACGAACUCUUCUCUCCAUAUUAGGCGAGGCAGAGUAUAUUCAACGCCUCCAGACGGUGCAUCAUAAUGCAGAUGUCUAUCAGGCUGUGUCCAAGCGAAUGCAGCAGGAAGGUUUCCGCCGCACCGAACGUCAGUGCCGUUCCAAGUUUAAAGUUCUGAAGGCAUUAUAUUUAAAGGCAUAUGUUGCCCAUGCUACAAGUAUGGGUGAUCCUCCACACUGUCCGUUUUAUGAUACGUUGGAUCAGCUUCUCCGAAAUCAGAUAGUGACUGACCCAGACAACUUAAUGGAGGAUGCUGCUUGGGCCAAGCACUGUGAUCAAAAUGUAGUGGCCUCUGAUACCUCGGGGGAAGAGGGAAUCAGCAUUCUCAGAGCACAAAGGAUUCAGGCAGCAGAUCAUCAGCCUGUCUUGAAAACAGUUAAGGAAUCAGAUGAGGAAUGUCAACUGAGAAUCAGUGACCAGAUGCAAGAAACCAGUGACCUUGAUGACUCCUGGGAUGAAUCCUCGGGUGCAGGGUGCUCUCAAGGGACCCCCAGCUACAGCAGAUCCCACCACCUUUUCAGAGGUGCAAUUGCUCCCUGUCAGAGCAGCCCCAUGACCAGACUGGCUGUGUCCGGUGAGCCCAGUCCUUGCACCAGCACGAGCCGAAACACUCCUGGGGUGGCCUCCCCACAGCGGCCUCCAGUCUCCUCCUCCAGAGUUCCUUUUGUUUCUGGUGGGGAUAGGUCUUUGACCAGUGAGCCCCCUCCAAAGUGGGCAAGGCGAAGAAGGCGGUCAGUGGCCAGGACUAUUGCUGCUGAGUUGGCAGAAAACAGGAGAUUGGCACGGGAACUUUCAAAGCGUGAGGAAGAAAAAUUGGACAGGCUGAUUGCUAUUGGUGAGGAGGCCAGUGCUCAGCAAGACACUGCCAACGAGCUCCGCAGGGAUGCUGUGAUCGCAGUCAGACGCUUGGCGACAGCCGUGGAAGAGGCCACCGGUGCUUUUCAGCUAGGGCUUGAAAAAUUGCUGCAGAGGUUAAUUUCAAAUACCAAAAGUUAGGAACUGAUUACAAAAAAGUAUAUUUCCUAAACUGGUAGUAACAGUUCCAUCACCUGCCUUCUGGUACCCUGACUCCUUUUCCACAUCCUCAGAAAAAAAAAAAAUGGAUGAACCAUUAAUAUGCCAGAGUAGUAGAAAUAUACACGCUAGUUUCCAAGCUAAUUGAAAGAAUUUUCAGAAAUGUGAGAGGUGGCCUAGUAGAAAAUUGAUGGAGCCAAGUCCAGAGAGCUCGUUACACAUGGCUUUGUCUGUGUAGUUUACCUCUCUACCAGUUUCCUCAUCUGUAAAAUGGGGGCUAAGUAAUAACUCCUGACCUGCCUACCUCACAGGGUUGUUGUGAGGAUCAAAUGGCUUAUAGAUGUGAAAGGGUUUUAAAAAAGCACUAUACACUUGUAAGUUAUUAAUGCAUAUGACUUUGGCCGAGGUAAGGCUAGGUUGAGGCACAUUAGUUGACAAGAUGUAGAAGUAGGCUGUAUAUCAUUACUUCAUUCCUUGAAACUUUGGAGUUUGAGAUCUUUAUUUUAUAAAUUCCUCUAUAGCUCAUUAGGCUAAAUUAGAUGCAAUAUGUAUUUGUACCUUUAUCUCUUGGAUUUUCACUGCUGUGUCUGUGACAUACUUGCUAGUAAAUACCCUUAACAGCCAAACCAUUUCCCCUCCAUUUUACUAGUUCUUAGUCUCUUAUCACUAUAAGGAUAUAAUUAAGAACUGACAGGGAGCCAUAAUUGUGUGUUAUGGUUCAUAUUGAUAGUCUUUGAUAUUGGCUGUUUUAUAAAAUAUUAAAUGUAAGUAAAUUCUUUGCAUUCCAUAUUAUGUGGGUUCCUUUACAUGCAUUAUGUAUCUCUAAGUUUUGGUUUCCAUUUGAACAUCAUGGAAACAAUUUAGGUAUCACUUGGGACUAAGCUUUUAGUUAAUUUCAUGUUUUUUUGUUAGCCUUUUUUUCUGUCAAGUAUAUUACAUAAAGCAAGUCCUGGGGAACUUUCCAAAGACAUUUUUCAAGUGGUAUAGACAAAAGUUGACCUAGUUAAUGGCGCAAAUGGUGUAGCAGUUGAGGGUGUUGUGUAUUAAGACGGCCUGUAAUAAAUAACUCCUAACAAGCCCUCAACAAAUACAUCACCUUUUAACCUCAAAACACACAUACUUCCUUUGGGAGAUAAUGAAGGUAUUGAGCCAUACUUCCAAUUUACUGUAGAACAGAAACCUUUAUUAAUCUCCAUUAAACUUAAAGCUUUUAUUGGUUUACUUAGUACUUCCAGAAAAUACGGUUAGAACUCUCGGAAUUUAAAAGUUUCCUCCACACUAGAGGCUAGGGGGAAAUCAAAGAGCUUGGGAGAGGUUUUGUUUUACAUGUAGGCCUGAGUACUUCCCUAAAUACAGGAAAAAUGGUCAAAACAGCAAUGAUAACAUCUGAAACCAUGAGUAGAUGGCAAGCAAGCAAGCAACUGGUGAAUGGGGGACUGAGUCAGCUAAAGAGGUAGAAUAUAUUGGAAUCUAGCUAAAACUUCUGGGUCCUAAUCCUGUCAUAGUUUGUCCCAUUGGGCAAACGUUUGCCCUUUUUGUGCCUCUUUAAAAUGAGGGAUUUGUAAUAGAUGAUUUUUCUAGUACCUUUCAGUUCUAAAAAAAUUCUAUGAUAAGUAGCCUAACAAAUGGCAAAAUAAAAAUGAAAUUGUAAUUGAAAUAUGUUCAGUUAUAACAGCAUUUUAGUGUACAUUUGAAAUAUUGAUAGCAAUUAUAGGGACAUGCUCUAGGUUUUAAUAUACUCAAGGACUUUCGAGUACCACAUCAGAUGAUAUAGUCCUUCCUUUAAAGAAACAUGUUAUGGUAUUGAAAUAGAUAGUACAUACACAUUUUCUCAAUUUUUCUAGACCAUGAUAUGGAAGGAUUUGUGUCAGUUAUAACUGGAUAACACUAAUAGAUAAGUUAGACUUUCUGGAAAAGCAAGGAAGUACUUGGAGAAUUAGGCCUGUGCUUUAUUAAUCUAUUAACGGUAGCAAAGUAUGUACUCAAGGAUUUACUUGAGGUAAAAAGUGCUAAAUUAUAAAAGUGGAAUUAAAAUGGAGGCAGUAGUGUGAAAAUCUAGUGGAUGAAAUAAGCUUAAUGUGGGACAAAAGCUAAAGGAAAAUAUUUGGAAGAAAGUAACACAAAUUGGUUAAAAUACUAAGAGAAGGAAAGUUGCAGUAAGGGGAGAUUAUGUGGAACACCAACCUAGGAAUCCUUCCUAAGCUCUUAGCCCCACCAUUACUACCUGUCCAUCCUUAGCAAGGUCAUUUCACCAUUCUGCAGCUCAGGUUCCUAGAAAAUGGAAAACUAAUAACUGUCCAGUACCUCACAGGAAUGCUGUGAGGGUCAAAACCAAUGAAUAAAAAUACUUUCAGGACUAGAAUGCACUAUCCUGUGACAAUAGUAAAGAAGAUUCUAUAGCACAUUAGUGUCUAUAUGUGCCCUGACUUUGGACUGCAAAAUUCAUUUAACAAAGGAAGAGGAAGAGCGAUGACCUUGCUGGGAAAGGUGGUGAGGCGAUGGUAGGAUGUAUGUGCUGCCUCCUGAAGACAGUCAUGUAAAUGAGGUGCUGUGUGUAUCACCCUCCCACCACUCUGUUUUUCUGUUAAGUAAUUGGAUCCUGGUGUGGACAAAUAAAGCUUUUACUUGUAUGUAGUUGUGGGUCAGUCCCCUGUUUUCUGGCGUUACCGUGAUCAUUUCUCAUCACCAUCCUCUGCUGUGUGCUCCUCUGCUAGCUAAUCUUCAGUGUCUUGCAUAUAUAUGACCCUAAAAGCUACCUGUGUUUCCUUCCUCACAUGAGAAAGGCCCUCUUUACAUGACAGUUGAGAAAUUUUCCAUAUCUAAGAGUUCUAUUAAUCCCAUAAAAUAUCCUUUCCUGGCAAAUUAUUUUGUUUGAGUGAUAGAUGACCUUUACAUAGGAUAAAUUACCCUGGUUGGCUUAAAUUCUGUUCUCAACAGAACCAUUAAGUGUCAUCCUGAAAUUGUAAUAUUAGUGUAAAAAAUUAUGGGCACAAUUCAUCUUUGUUUCUUAACCCUUAAAAUAAUUGCCCAGGGUGUCUAUAUAUUAGAUUUAGAAAAAGAGGGUUUAGUGAAAAGGAUAUUGAAAGACCUGAAUUCCAGUCAACUUUGUGGUCCUUAGUCAUGUGACUUCAGACAAGCUAAUUACCUGUUUCCUAUCAAUUUGUAAGUGCUAACUGCUAGUAUUCCAGACAGUUUUAAGCUGAAUUAAUCCAUUUUAACCUCCUUUUGUCUUCCUCUUAUUCAUACAGGUUGCAGUCUCAAAUGUUUAGUAAUCCUUCAAUCAUUAGCCUGUAAUUUUCAGUCUUGUUGAACAUUUAAGACUGGUCUGUAAACAGAAUUGUCACAGCUCCCUUAGAAAAGGGCUUACUAGAAGUCUAAUUCAUCUUAAUUGCUAGGUGAAAUUGAGUCAAGGAUCAAGGACUCCUAUCUGUUCAAGGUGCAGAAGUGCUUUAGUCAUUUGCCAUCUUAGUGCCAGGCAGUGGUACAGUGUAAAUAAGCCUGGUAGAGAUGACUUCGAAUCAAGUACUGUCAAUACCCCUUAUUAUUUUCUCCCUAUAAACCUGUUAAACCUAAAUUAAUACCUGUCAAACUAACCCCACUUAGGCAUUGUGAAGACCAAAUGAGGUAAUAAAUGUGAAAACAUUUUGUAGUUUGCAUAAAUUGGUAUUACUAUUUUGAGCAACAAAACUCAUUUUAAUUUUUUCAUUGCCGUGCACAAUUAUUUAAUAUCUAUUAUGUACAGGACAUUAUAUAUAUAUAUCUAUAUAUAUACUAUAGUACUCUGUACCUUUCUGUAUGUAACAUUCAUGCUUUUGCUCAAUGUUUCGGGUUUGAAUGUUAAUUCAUGUUCAGAAACCAAGCAACAAGUGUGGUGUUAGGCACUCUGAUUUGCCCUGACUUUGCAAUCUUACAUCCUUUUGUCCUUUUCC